AUGAGUUUCAUAUAUAAUCAGGUAUUUUGGAUUACACCUUAUGGAAAGGGUGAUUCGUCCAAUAAUUUUGAAUAUUAUAGGGAGAGAAUUGAGAGAGCUAUUUCAAAUUUCAAUUUGCAUGUGUUAAAGUUUUUGGUUGUGCCUGUUUUACGGAUAUUCCCUUCACUUCCAUUGUAUCCACCAUUUGGAAUACCGUGUGCUCAACCAAAAUGCAGAGAACGUUUCCAAAAUGAUGCUCUACUUUACAAGGGCUACUGGAAGAGUUCAACAUCUAUUUCCAUUUUGGAAGAGAUGAGGAGUGUGAAAAUUUUACUGGCCUCCUUUAAUCCUGACCAAUCUCAAUCCACACAGAACGUACCCACACUCAUUGUAUACGGAGAAUCUGAUAAUUUCUUCUCGUGGGACGAAACUAAACAUCUCUUCUCCAAACAUUUUCAAAAUAUAACAUGGAAAUCAUAUCCCAAUCUUAAACACGACGUUUUCCAUGAGGAUGUUAAAGAACCAGUGUGCAGAGAUUUAUACAACCUUGUUGUAAGAAACUGA